UGUUUCUUCAGCCCAAAAGAGUACAAGUACAGUACACAAAAGUAGAAAGAAAAAAGAAAGAAUUAAGAAUAGAACAUGACUCGUGUCAAAAGGAAUGAUCUUCAAAUCCCUUUUUGGAAAAUUUUACCAAAUGAUAUAAUGCAUAAUCCAAGCUGCACUUUGUAUAUAUUUCCCAUAGAAUAGACAAAGAGUGAUCUGUGAAAAGGCAGAAGAAGCUUUGACCAACUCUCUCCCACACCUACACCAUUCCUCCGUUGAACAAUUACCAUUAAAAUACAUAAACAAAAAGCAAAGCUUUCUCCCAACUUUCUAUUCUUUCAAUUUUCAGGGGAAUUGAAAUAACCUUUUGUUGAAUCUUUUCUCUAUCAGAAGCUGACCCUUUGCUUCCAUUUUAGUGCAUUGACCUCACCUUUUUGGGAUUAGGUUUUCUCGUUGAAUGGUUUAAAUGAGGAAUCUUGAUUUUUAGUUGUGGAUGACCGGGAAUCAUGGAUCAGUCGGUCUUGGUGAUCUGGGUUUUUCUACGCUUAACUGGGCUGCUUUUGAACUUGUCACAGGUUGCCGGUAACGCUGAAGGUGAUGCUUUGUAUGCUCAGAAGACCAAUUUGGGUGAUCCUAAUAGUGUUCUACAGAGUUGGGAUCCAACACUUGUUAAUCCUUGUACUUGGUUCCAUGUGACAUGCAACAAUGAAAAUAAUGUUACUAGAGUUGAUCUUGGAAAUGCAAAUCUAACAGGUCAACUGGUACCACAGCUUGGCCAACUCCAGAAAUUGCAGUACUUAUAUCAAUGCAGAUUCAGGCUGGAAUGUCACCUUCAGAAGGAAUUUGAAAGAUUGGGAACUGGAAAGUUUCUGUCACCUACUUCAGCAACCGAACCCGUGCUCAAUAAACCAGAACAAAGCAGACAGACUAGCUUGGUUCAACAGCAAGGAUAAUGUAUUUUUAGUCAGAAGUUAUUAAAAGUUGUUAUAAUAUGUUAAUGCAACAGAGUGGUCAAGGAGAUCCUAAUAUGCCUUGGAAAAUGAUACGGAGAAACAAGGCACCUACGAAAGCUGCAUGUUUUGGGUGGAUAGCAACUAGGACUGCAUGCUUAACUCAGAGCAAUUUACAAAAGAGAGGUUUUCCCCUAUGUAGUAGAUGCUAUCUUGGCAACAAAGAACAAGAAACAGUUGAGCACUUGUUCUUACAUUGCAGAGUUUCAAGACAUCGUUGGGAGGUUUUCUUUAACAUCAUUGGCAUAUAUUUGGUAAUACCACAGAACAUCAAGAGCCUAUUGGAGAUCUGACAAUCUCAGAGAAUAGCAAGAGCUGUAAAACAAAUCUGCAGGACUAUUCCAAUGUGCAUAAUGUGAACUAUAUGGCAGGAAAGGAACAAAGCAUGUUUUGAGGGGAAGAGGUUGCAGCUAUCUAGAGUCGAGAACAAAUGUAUCAAGAAUUUGUAUUUUUGGUGUCAUAGCAGUAGUCAGAUAGAAUGGAUCAGUAUCUGUAUUUCUUGUAUUUCGUAGGGGGGAAUAUGUAGCAUGAAUGGUGCAGGAGCUGCAGCUGUGCUUUGUACUUUUUAUGUACCAUCUCGGUACCAUUUUAAAGAAAAAACUUUAUUUGUAUAUAUAAAAAAAACGGCUAGGUGUUAUGUACUAU